GUCAAGUUAACAAUCCUCAAGGCUCCAGCUUCCCCUACAAAUACCGGAGCCUGUCCGGCAUCUUUCUUCGCCAGCUACCUACACUGCAAAAGGAAGCAAAGCAAUUUAGAAAACAACCAAUUUUACAGUAGAAUUGUCUAGCUGCCGAUCGGCAAUGGCGACCAAGAUCUACAUCGUGUACUAUUCGACAUGGGGACACGUCGCGACGCUUGCGGAGGAGAUUAAGAAGGGCGCCGACUCCGUCCCUGGCGUCGAGGUCACCGUCUGGCGGGUGCCGGAGACGCUGCCGGAGGAUGUGCUGGGGAAGAUGCACGCGGCGCCGGGGCGUGAGGAUCACCCCGUCAUAACGGCGCGGCAGCUGGCUGAGGCCGACGGCAUCCUGUUCGGCUUCCCGACGCGGUUCGGCAUGAUGGCCGCGCAGAUGAAGGCCUUCUUUGACUCCACCGGCGGCCUCUGGCAGGAGCAGUCCCUCGCCGGCAAGCCCGCGGGCGUCUUCUUCGCCACGGGCACACAGGGCGGCGGCCAGGAGACCACUGCUCUCACGGCCGUGACGCAGCUGACGCACCACGGCAUGCUGUUCGUGCCUGUCGGCUACACGCACGGCGCCGGCAUGUUCGCCAUGGACGAGGUCAAGGGCGGCAGCCCAUACGGAGCUGGCACCUUCGCCAGCGCCGAUGGCAGCAGAAUGCCCAGCGAUGCCGAGCUUGCCUUGGCGGCGCACCAGGGAAAGUACUUUGCCGGCAUCGCCCAGAAGCUCAAGGCCGUGUGAACUGCUCACGGCACGGGGUUUCGGGGAUUGCACAUCGUGUGUGCAUGAUUUCCAGUCGCACAUCGUGUCAGCUGGAUAAAAAUAUGUUUAUUUACCAAUUACUCUAAUGUCCUGGUUUCUAUUAUCAUUUUCUUUAAGCUAUUUCUGUACAAUGUUUGGAAAGAAUAAUGCGUGCACGUUGGCAACACCCCUGCUCAAAAAAUUGUUUCCCCGGCCGGUGAGGGUUCAGAGCAACUCGAACGCGUCAAGUACCCACAUUUUAAUUGUUUUAUGUCCGUUUGUAUCGGGCGAACGGACUGCUGUG